CAGGUGCGGCCGGCACGGCUCCUUUAAGGCACCGGCACCGCCCUCCCCUCCCGGCUCCCCCUCCCGCUGCCGGGAGGCGCCGGCCGGAGCCGCUGCAGCUGGCAGCCGGUGAGCGCCAGGCAGCCCGGGUGGAGCGAUGUCGGAGGCUGUGGACCUGUCCUUCCUGUCGGACGUGGAGCGAGAUCUGAUCCUGCAGGUCCUGCAGCGCGACGAGGAGCUCCGCAAGGCAGAGGAGAGGAGGAUCAGGCGCCUGAAGAAUGAGCUGCUGGAGAUCCGGCGCAGGGGAGCCAAGCGGGGCAGCCAGCGCUACAGCGAGCGGACCUGCGCCCGCUGCCAGCAGAGCCUGGGCCGCCUCAGCCCCAAGGCCAACACCUGCCGGGGCUGCAACCACUUGGUGUGUCGGGACUGCCGCUCCUACAGCCCCAGCGGCUCCUGGCGCUGCAAAGUCUGCUCCAAGGAGGCGGAGCUGAAGAAGACAACGGGUGACUGGUUCUAUGACCAGAGGGUGAACCGCUUCGCCAACCACCUGGGCAGCGACAUGGUGCGGCUGUCCCUGCGGCACAGGCCGGCAGCCAGCAAAAGAGAGACUGUGGGACAAACCCUGCUCCAGAAAGCCCAGCUCAGCGAGCCUAAAAGCUCCUCUGCAGCCCGGCAGCCGAGCCCCCCUGCGCCCCAGGAGGGGUCCAGUUUGUUUCCAGAUGCCUCAGAGCCUCGGGAUGGCAAAAGCGACACAGAGUCCAUGGAAAACAUGAGCCUGGACAGCUACAGACCUAGUCCUGCUGAUGUAGGGGCCAGGAGGAACUCCCUGGAGAGAGCCAUCCCUGGAAAACAGGCUGUUGGGCCAGCAGGACCUGCUGCCUCCAGCCUGACCCUCCCUGUGCGCUCCAAGAAGGCGUUCUCUGAUGGACGGGAUGCCACCGUGGGGACCCGCAGCAGCACCUUGGCGGACGAGCAGGAAACGAUAUUCAAGAAGAACCCCCGGCGGGUGGUGAGGCCUGCGGACUACACCAAGUCCGUGAUCGACCUGCGCCCCGAGGACCUGGUGGGGGAAAGUGGCUCUCUGGGGGACAGGAGCAAGUCAGUGCCUGGCCUCAACACGGAGCUGGAGGAGGAGGAGGAGGACAUCGAUAACCUGGUGGAGAUCCACCGGCAGCGCGUGGCCCGGGGCAGCAUGCGCAGCGGCACCUCCUCGAGCACACUGGGCAGCAUGGUCAGCAUUUACAGCGAGGCCGGCGACUUCGGCAGCGUGGCUGUCACCGGGGGCAUCUCCUUCUCCCUGAGCUACGAGGAGAAGACGCAGACCUUGUUCAUCCACGUGAAGGAGUGUCGCCAGCUGGCCUUUGGGGACGAGGGCAGGAGGCGCUCCAACCCCUAUGUGAAGACCUACCUGCUGCCUGACAAAUCCCGGCAAGGGAAGCGCAAGACGACCAUCAAACGCAACACCAUCAACCCCCUGUACAACGAGCUGCUGAAGUAUGAGAUUAGCAGGUCCCUGCUGCUGGCGAGGACGCUGCAGUUCUCGGUGUGGCACCACGACCGCUUCGGCCGCAACACCUUCCUGGGGGAGGCAGAGGUGCCUCUGGGGGCCUGGAACUUGGAGAGCCACCUGGAGGAGUUCCUGCCCCUGCACGGCAAGAUUGGGGCAGAUGCUGCUGGUCUCCACCAGUACAAGGGGGAGCUGGUUGUCUCCAUGAAGUACAUCCCAUCUGCCAAGCAUCCUGGGGCUGGCAAUGGCAGGAAAGGCAAAACAGGGGAAGGCGGUGAGCUCCAGGUGUGGAUCAAAGAAGCCAAGAACCUGACAGCAGCCAAGUCAGGAGGGACCUCAGACAGCUUUGUCAAGGGCUACCUCCUGCCACACAAGAACAAAGCCUCCAAGAGGAAGACGCCCGUGGUGAAGAAGACCCUGAACCCUCACUACAACCACACCUUUGUCUACAACGGCAUCAAGGCCGAGGAGCUGCAGCACCUGUGCCUGGAGCUGACGGUCUGGGACCGGGAGCCGCUGUCCAGCAACGACUUCCUGGGGGGAGUGCGCCUGGGGGCGGGCACUGGCAUGAGCAACGGGCAGGCUGUGGACUGGAUGGACUCGACGGGCGAGGAGCUGAACCUGUGGCAGAAGAUGUGCCAGUACCCGGGCUCCUGGGCAGAGGGGACGCUCCAGCUGCGCUCCACCAUGGCCAGGCUGGGGCCCUAGGCUGUGGCACCAGGGCUGGCACCGCUGUUGGGAGCCACGCUCACUGCACAGCCUGGCAAGGCAGCCAAACGUGUGCUGGGUUUUUUUCUUAUACUUUAAUAAACAUGACCUUCUCUAAACAGGCUUGGGCAGAAAGUCUUCUUGGCCAAGCUUCAUUUAAAGCUUCAUUUUCCCCUUGUCAUAAGCCUUGUACCAGAUUUCAGGCUGAACUGCAGUUCGUGUGAACCCUCCCUUCUUCUCCCCUGGGCAAAAUGCUUUUAAAUGUCAUUGUGUUUUUAUUUCU